AUGGGAAGAAAAGAAGAAUUGCUCGCCGCUCCACCUGAACCCGCUGGGGAAGCGGCAGCAGGAGCAAAUGCACCAACACCAUCAGGAAGGAACUCAAAAGCAGGAAAGAAAAGGACAGUUGCUGGAAUGAAACAAGGAAGGGAUGCUAAUGCUGCCCAUGAAGUUGUGGUCGAGCAGCUGGAGCGACGGAAGAAGCCUAGAGUGCAGCAACACAAAGAGACUCUGAAGCUGCAGUUGGAAAAACCCCGGCAAGGGCGGAAGCAUGAGUAUUCUCAAGAGAGUAACAAUACGCAGCUAACUGGAAAGCAGGUGCAGGAACAACACUUGCACACCCAGCAGGUGAAAGAGCAGCAGCCCAGUCAAAGCCGCAGUUGCAAGCGCCAGGACCUCCUGGUGGAUGAGCGUGCGGAAGAUGCUUUUGUCACUGACGAUGAUGCUCCUGCAUGUAGAACGCCGUCGAAGCCAAUGGAAACAACAACCGAGCCGCCAUGUGCGUUGUCAGACGCUGCUGUGGGGGCAGCACAUUCAUCUGCAGAUGCACCGAAAGUCGGCAUAGCAGCAACAAUUGAUGCACGAGCAGCAGCGGAUCCGUAUCUAUUAGAGGAUGCGGAUUACCUUAGAAGAGAAACACGAUGGCUAAACCGCCAACGCGUUUUGCUGCUGGGCAGCCGAGACAAAGUGGGAGAAGAAAGAAAGGCUCCAAAACAUUGCGGAACUCUGCCAGUUGCGAUCCUUAUGGUAUGUGUUCCAGUGGAAACUCUUAACGAAGUGCGCUUGUCGGGCAAUUGCUUGCUGCAUUCUCGGCCAUUACUGGUAUUUGGGGCAGAGUUUGAACGGGAGCCCCACCUGAGGGUUCUAAAGGAACUUUUUAUGCAGGUGUUUGGAACCCCGAGAAACCACCCGAAGUCGAAACCAUUCUUCGACCAUGCCAUGUCUUUCUUUGUAACUGACAGCCGCAUAUGGUUCAGGCAUUACCAAAUUGCGCCGCUUGUAAUGGGCGAGGGGGGCGAUGCAAAUGAUCCCCACAGGCAAACUUUUAUCGAAAUCGGGCCUCGGUUUGUACUCGAUCCAGUGAAAAUCCUCGAAGGCAGUUUCUGCGGGAAAACCCUUUGGCGCAACGGGGAGUUCGUCAGGACUAGAGAUCUAAUGAGACCACGGCGUCUUAGGGAGGUUUUGGACUUCGCAAAGCGACAGGGACAAAAGGAAAAACGAAGGCUGUAUCUUGAAUCGAUGAUGGAGGGCGAACCUAGGAACAAGCUGGCGAAGGAAGUAGUUUUUGGGUCUGAUGUAGUGAAACAGCAAUCUCACUAG